AUGACGGCAUUUAACUCAGAGAAGGAGGAAGGAGGUAGUUUCGAUAUAUCACAGGAAAUCAUAAAGUCCUCAUAUGAAGGCGAGAUAGAUCCUCGAGCAUAUCUUUCCAGAAGGUCCAGUGAGCACAGACUUCCUCCGAUUGAAAUGCCAGGAUAUUCACCAUAUCCAUUGCCAAUGUGGUUCCCACAAUAUGACCCCACCCAUCCUGAUGCUAGCAUGGGAUUCAUACCAGAUCAGAUGAUGUAUGGGGGGUAUUAUAUUUCUCCUUUUGCAGGGUACAAUAAUUUCCAGCUUGACCGGUUCAGCAAUUCAUCCUCAGCGUCGGUGAAAUCAAAUAGUUCACCAACUCGGUCGUCACUGAAGUCAGACGAUGUCUCUGACACAACCAGUACGAAAUCGCAGACGAAAAAUGAGCAGAUUUUCCCACCAGAACCGCUGACAGAUGUCAGAGAAUUUCCUGAGUGGAUGAAGAAGUUUGCUUCUUUCUUGGAACAAUACGGCCUAAAGGAUAUUGUCCCCGAUAAACUGGUGUCAGGGUGA